UUGAAAGAUAGAAUUAGUUAGGAACGGACCCCAUUGAAACUAGAUAUAAGGUAAGUGACUAGAUUGAAGGUUUGGCUAAAAAGUCUCCUUUUGCAUUGAUUUUUAUGAAUUUAAAGUAUGAAUUAAUUCAUAAUCUGGGUCUGGUGUUCCAAUAGUUUAGCCUCCGCCGGCUUGCAUUCCCCUUUUUCAAAUUCAAUUAAAUUCAAUUCAAACCCUAGUCCAGUUUAGCUCAGAUUCGCGGCAAUAUGAAUACGAAGUCAUGAUGAUCUUCAAAUUUUGCUAAUUAUCAGGUGCUUCCAUUAUUCUUGAAAUGUUCUACACGGAAUAUUGCUGUGGCUAUGACUUUAACACUUUAGUCCAGAUUCAGUAUCCCUCGAAAUGCAAUUAGUGUCAAAUGAUAGUCGUAGGGAUGAUAUUUUGGAAAGCGAGCCCAUCUUAGGUGGAUCUGAUACUUUGCAGAGACCUGAAGAAUCAUCAUCAUCAUGUGAAAUUACAGCCGUUGGAGAGGAUUGUGUUGUUAUUGAUGAUGAUGGUGAUGAAACUUGCCAUCUGGUGAAUGCAGAACAACCACUGUGCCGAAUAUGCCUUGAUACAGGAGGGCAGGACUUAAUUGCACCUUGCCACUGCAAAGGCACUCAGAAGUACGUCCAUAGAUCCUGUCUUGAUAAUUGGAGGUCAACUAAGGAGGGCUUUGCAUUUGCUCACUGUACAGAGUGCAGGGCAUUGUUCAUAUUACGAGCAAAUGUCCCACCUGAUCGCUGGUGGUUGAGAUUGAAAUUUCAGUUCCUAGUUGCCAGGGACCAUGCUUUCAUCUUUGUAAUUGUUCAGCUGAUAGUGGCAUUCUUAGGGGUGCUGGUCUACAAAUUCUAUGGUGAGGAACUAAGGGAAAUGUUUGGUUAUGACGAACAUCCAUAUGGGUUUUAUACCAUGGCUGCUUUAGCAAUUGUUUUGGUGGGUCUGCUCUAUGGUUUCUUCAUUGCUAUUAUAUGUGGACAGAGGAUCAAUGAACGGCAUUAUCAUGUUCUUGCAAAACAAGAACUAACAAAGGAAUAUGUUGUAGAAGACCGAGAAGAAAAUAAAAAUGUCCCUGAACUUGAUCCCAGUCAUGUGACAGAGCUACGAAUGUUGGGCCUCUAUUAAUUUGGAAGUCUGUAUAUUCCAUUCCUUUUGCUUUCCUGUUCUGCUGAUUUCGUUAUGGAUGUGGCCACCAUUGGAGCCAAAGAUUGGACUAUAUAUAAUUCUUUGCAUUAUCCGUUGGAGAAAAUUCACAGCAUUAUGAAACGUGGCUUGUCCUUUGAAUUCCUUUCCUACGGAUAUAUCAUCACAUUCACUGGCUUCAUUGAGAAAUGUUUAUUUGCCAGGUAUACCAGAAAAAUGAUUUUUUUUUUUUUUUGGGCCCUUGAAAAGUGAUGUAUUUGUAUUUUUAUCUCUUCACAUGGAAUACUAGACCAGAAAAUGUGUUGAUAUAGAACUGUCUAGUUUCUUCGUUGCACACUGGCUUUAAGGAUUUCUGGUCUUUGUUUCGUAUACAUUUAUUCCAUUCUAAAUGUGGUGUCCAGUCUCUGGUAAAU